AUGGACGACGAUGACUACGGCGCAGAUGAUGCCUUGCUGGAGGCAAUGGCGGCCGUGGACUCGGGCCCCUCGGCAGCCGGUGCUGUCAAGCAGCCCACGCCACAGAUUAUCACCAAGCCCGCAGCCAGCAGCGGCGGCAGAGGCAGCAGCUCAGCAACUCCCAUAGUGCAGCCAAAACCUCAGAUAAUCCAGCAGAAGAAUCUCGGGUCGACGAUCCUCGUAUCGCCGCGUCAACGAGGCAACCCGCUUCUGACGUCUAUCCGGUCGAUACCCUGGGAAUACAGUGACAUACCAGCCGACUAUGUCGUCGGAUUGACUACUUGUGUGCUGUUCUUGAGUCUUAAAUACCACCGUCUACAUCCCGAGUACAUCUACACGCGCAUUCGCAAUCUGCAAGGCAAAUACAAUCUGCGUAUUCUUCUUACUCUUGUUGAUAUUCCAAACCACGAGGACUCCAUACGUGAACUAUCAAAGACUUCGGUGGUAAACAACGUUACCGUUAUACUAUGCUGGUCCGCAGCUGAAGCUGCCCGUUAUAUCGAGCUCUACAAGUCGUAUGAGAACGCCAAUUUCUCGGCCAUUCGCGGACAGCAAUCCACCAAUUAUGCGGACAAGCUAGUGGAAUUCGUCACGGUGCCGAGAAGCUUGAACAAGUCAGAUGCGGUAGCCCUGGUUGCCAAUUUCGGCAGCCUGAAGAAUGCGAUAAAUGCAGAGCCAGAGCAAUUGAGCAUGAUGAGCGGGUGGGGCGGGGUGAAAGUAAAGAGAUGGACUGCCGCGGUCGAAGAGCCAUUCCGAGCAAAGAAAGCGGCCAAAAGAGGUUUCCAGUCAUCAUCGGCAGCAGCUGCUGGGCGUGAUUCAAGAGCUGCGAGGGCGAAUGCUGCCGCCGAUCGGCCAGAGACUCAAGAGCCUAACCCUCGGGCUCCCCAAACAAAGGCAACACCAUAUAGUUCUUCAAAUUAUAAUUCGCCUGCUGGGAACUCAUCAGACCAUCAACCCGGGGGCGCCCAACCUCCCGCGCAGUUUCGUUUCCUAGACGAAGACAGCGAAGAUGACGAGGAGGCAUUUGAGACGAUUAAUCGAGAAGAAAAACAGGCUCCCCAGCCAACACAACCACAGCCCAGUAAGGAAAGUAGCCAGCUAAGUGAGGGCGUAGCAGCGGCACUGGCAAAGCUACGACAAAACGGGUGA